UCACUUGCACACUGUUUGGACGGGGGCAACAACUGGAGUGACAAUGUUUUCAAGGUGGAGGUCAGAUGAUAAGGAUAAGAAGGAGGACAAGGAUAAGGAUAAGAAUAAAGAUAAAGAUAAGGAUAAGGAUGGCUCAGACGGUGAAGGGAGCUCUUGGAAAUUUUGGGAGAAGGACAAGGAUGGCAAAGACGACAAGGGCAAAGAUGGAAAUGAGUCGGACACCUCCACAUCCUCAUCAUCAUCUUCGUCCAGUGAUGAAGAGAGAAAGAAGAGGCAAGAGAAGAAGUGAAUGACUGAUGCUUUGUCUUGUCUUUUCUUGUCUAUGUAAAAGUGUGUGUGUGUGUGUGUGAGGGGGUGAGGGUGUGUGUGUAUGUUAAUCGUUUCCGGUGUGAUAGAAAUAUUAGUGCUCAUAGUUACCAGUCUUGUGUAAACAAAAUGCUUAAUUCCUUGAAUUAAAUCCCCCAACAAUAGGGUGGAUUACACAACACCACAACACCACUACCCCACGCAAACACAUACGCGCACGCACACACACACACACACACACACACACACACACACACAUAGCCCACCAAGCACGUCCUCUGUCAAGUGCUUUCCUCUGCCAGAAGAUGGCAGUGUUAAGACCAAUGAAAUUUGAAUGAUUAUUCUGUGGAAAUUUUCGGUUGAGAAUUUGUGGAGGACUUUGCAGGAAAACAUAUUUUUGAAAUCCAUGUUGCUUCAAGAAACCAGAUGUAACCAGAUGACCGUGUCUGCAAAAGAGUUUUUCCUCCAAAAUGUCAUACAUGCACUUAUGAAAUAAAUAAAAUA